AUGGUCUCGGAUUUGCAUCGUCGUAAUUUCCAUACGGGGCUGCAGCGCAUAAAUUGGCCGAUUGGAGCGUCGUCACUUCAAUUAAUUCGGCUCCCUGUGCAGUCCAGAAAGGCCCUCCGACGGCUCGAAAAUAAUGGGCACCGAUGGGUCGCCACGUUCGGAUAUCCAGUAUACAGGUCGCUGACUCCUACCACCCGGAAGUUCCGCGAAGACAUCGCCUUCAUCCGGGCGCUGGCCAUCAUUUCGGUGCUCGGCUACCACUUUUGGCCGGAUACCUUUGGACUGGGCUUCAUCGGAGUUGACAUAUUUUUCGUCCUCUCCGGCUACCUGAUAAUGGGAAUAUUGUCUGCUGACAAGUCGCCCCCAAAAGAGAAACUGGCCGACUUCUAUUACAAACGCAUCAAGCGCAUCUGUCCGCUCUACUAUAUGAUUCUGCUCGUCUUUGUGAUUUCCUGUGGCUUUGUGUACAGCGGCGUCUGGCUGGCCCAAUUCUUCCCCCCAUUUCUGGAGCGUCAUCUCGAUGCAUCUGAAUCUGAAGCUAGCACUGAAAGUCUUCCCUUUCUGCAUACGUGGUCGCUGGGCGUCGAGAUGCAGUUCUAUUUGGUGGCUCCGUGUCUAUACUACCUGACUCGGUGCAAGAUUGCAUCUCGACCCGUCGGUGUGCUAUUUUCCGGCUUGAUUUUCGCGUCGUCACUCUAUUUCCAAUGGAGCUCGACGCCAAUCACCGCAUUCUACCACCCAUUCGCGAGGAUUUGGCAAUUCUUGGCCGGCAUGUUGGCCAGCCACUUCUCAGAGGAGGAGACGAAAUAUGGAUCUUCCGGCCGCUUGGUCGAUUUCGCGACAAUCGGGCUCGUCAUCCCAGUUUUUGCCAUCUUUCUGCCGAACACGAUUGUUGAUCUCGGACCGCGCAAUUUGGCACAAUUUGCGAUUCCCGCGAUCGUGUCCAUUUUUCUGAUGGUUUCUUCCAAUAGCGAUCGAAUCGAUUGGUCGCGCUUUCGUCUGAAUUACAUCGCCAGCAUUUCCUAUGCCCUCUACCUCAUCCACUAUCCCGUGCUCAAAUACGCGCAACAUCUGCAGCCGCGCUAUUUUGAGUCGAUUCCAGUCUGGACCAUCGCGCUGCCGAUGACAAUUCUGCUCUCAACUGCCUGUCAUUACUUCUACGAAAAACCUAUGCUGCACGCGAAAAAGAAAACGGUUUUCAUGCACGUCGUGAUCCUCUUCAUCGUCCUCUUGAUCGUCGCCAUCCAGUGGAAGCCCAUCUUCAAAACUGACCGCGGUAGAUUAGAAAGCAUUCCGGAAGCCAUCGAAGCAAACAAAACAUCUGACCGUGCUCGAAGUGCAGCCAUUAAAGCAAACAAAAAAUGGUUCAACACCUACUGGCCACCCGCCACCCUGGUCAAGGAUGGAUUCAAAAAUCAGUUUGGGCAUUAUGUUUGGCCGAACAACACGGGUCAGCUGCGAGUCGUCGUCGUCGGCAAUUCGUAUGCGGUGCAACAACAAGUUAUCGUCCGCAAAUUUCUGCCUCCAAAUAUGACGGCUAGCCUGGAUGUGUAUGCGGCCCCUUCAUAUUCCAUCGUUUUCCAUCGGCAUGAAAAGCUCACCAAGCUGUUCUGGGAGGAGAUGGAGCAGCGGAAAAAGCCGAACAUUGUUUUUAUAUUGAUGCGCUACGCAGUGUAUCUUUGGCCGGACGGCGCUACCCCUCUCCGCCCUGGCAACGACGAUACACUCAAUUAUUGGUUGCAAGCCGUCAAUCGUCUCUCAAAAUUCGCCGACCACAUAUUCAUCUCCAGCCAUCAUCCAUUCGAGGUCUCGAAAUACUUUGGGCAGAGAAGACUUGUGCAUGAUGUCAUCGCGGCGCUGGAGAAUGGCCAGGAUUUGACCAAGCUGAAUUUUCCCUAUAACGCACAGAAAUUUGCCGCGGAUCCGGUGCGAGUCCGGAUUAACCUGCUAUUGCAGCAAUGCAAAAAAUGCCAUUUUGUGGACAUCGAAUCGCCGUUUAUAAACAAGGAGAAGAAUUGGGUGCAGACGUACGACCCCGUGACGAACAUUGUCUACUACGACGCUUGGAACCACUACACCGAUGACGCACUGAAGUUGAUUGAGCCGAACUUCGAAAAAGCGAUCCGUGCUGCUCUGCCCGAAUAUUUCCCC